AUGGGGGGGCGGCGCGUUGCCAUCAAGGUGAUCACGCUGACGCUGAACGUGGCCGCGGACGUGCGCGAGGAGUACGCCGUGCUGCGCCGUCUGUGCUCGCACCCCAACCUCCCCGACCUGCACGGCGCCUUCCUCAAGCGAGGGGCCACGCGCCGGGAGCCCGACCAGCUAUGGUUCGUCAUGGAGCUGUGUGAAGGCGGACCAAUCACUGACUUGGUGUCAUCACUACACCGGCAAGGACGACGCAUGUCUGAAGAACAUAUUGCUUACGUACUAAAGGAGGCAGCUAAGGGUCUCUGGCACUUACACGAAAACCACGUAGUCCACCGUGAUGUGAAGGGCAGCAACAUCUUACUGACCAAAGAGGGGGAAGUGAAACUUGUUGACUUUGGACUUGCC